UGUUCCCCCUCUCUCUCUCUCUCUCUCUCCACUCACAAGUCACACCCCCCACUCCACUGCUUUUUAUUGCGCCUCUACUUCCCCUCCCCUUCCUCUUUGCUGAGAACAAGAAGAGGAAAUUAAGUAGAGAAGAAGGAGGUAGAAGAAGAGGGGAGGAGAGAUGGGGAGGGGGAAGAUAGAGAUCAAGAAGAUCGAGAACCCGACGAACCGGCAGGUGACGUACUCGAAGCGGCGGACGGGGAUCAUGAAGAAGGCGAAGGAGCUGACAGUCCUGUGCGACGCCGACGUCUCCCUCAUCAUGUUCUCCAGCACCAACAAGUUCUCCGAAUACUGCAGCCCCUCCACCGACACCAAGAAAAUAUUCGAUCGGUAUCAGCAGGUCUCCGGAAUCAACUUGUGGAGCGCCCAGUACGAGAGGAUGCAAAACACUUUGAACCAUCUCAAGGAGAUCAACAGCAACCUCCGCAAAGAAAUACGGCAGCGGAUGGGCGAAGAGCUUGAUGGAUUGGAUUUCUACGAACUGCGCGGUCUUGAGCAAAAUUUGGAUGAGGCUUUAAAGGUUGUUCGUCACAGGAAGUAUCAUGUGAUCACUACUCAGACUGAUACCUACAAGAAGAAGUUAAAGAACUCUCAUGAAGCCCAUAGGAACCUACUGCACGAGCUACAAAUGAAAGAAGAGCACCCAGUCUAUGGCUUUGUGGACAAUGACCCAACCAACUAUGAGGCUGGACUUGCUCUUGCCAAUGGCGGCCCUCACAUGUACGCGUUCCGCGUCCAGCCGAGCCAACCGAACCUUCAUGGAAUGAGAUAUGGCUCCCACGAUCUCCGCCUCGCUUAACUAUUAUCGCUUCGCUUAUUUUGCUUUACGGUUUUCGCAAAAACGGUCCACCUUAUUUUGUACUUUAGCUUCCAACAUCCUGUAAACUGGAGUACUUAAUUAGCAAUAGCUUAGCUGAAAACUCGUUACGGCUUUGCUUUAUCUAUAGCUGGUAGCUAGCUGAUCGACGACUGUCGGUAACUUCUGUGUGGAACAAAACUGUGCUUUGACUUCGUCUGAUAAUUGUAUUUCGGUAUUAUUAUGGUUGUUUAAUUGUAGCUUGAUCAGGAUAUAUAGUUGUGAUGAUCAUUUACUGA